UCGCAAUCGCCUCCUCUAUCCAGAACACCCCAUGGUGUUUAGAUGGUGGUUUUGAGAAUGACUUCAUUCGUUAAAUGGAUAUUGAUACUCUUUGGCCUGAUCUCAGUAAUAGCGAAUAUUGUCAUUGUAUGUCUUUACUCAGGUAGGCUGCCCAAAUGCUCCUCGAAGCCGCAUCAUGUUUUCAAGGGAAAACACAAUGAACGCAGCGCGGUGUUUGCUGACCUGUCCGCCGAGGAAUAUCUCCAAGUCCGCGACUAUAUGAGUAAUCAGAAAGACUUGGAUAUUUCUGUCAAUGCGCUUACAAAGCCUUCAGGGAAUUUCCUCUUCUUAAUUGAUGUUUUGUUGCCAAGGAAAGCAGAUGCGCUUGGCUACCUAGAUAACAAUAAGCCCAAGCCGGUGAGAGAGGCGACUGCGGUGGUUUUCUAUGGCACCCUUGGGCACAUUAAAGAAUAUGUGGUGGGACCUCUCCCCAACCCGAUUUACCACCGCGAUGUCACCGUUGAGAGGUAUAAAGAAGAGUUGCCCAUCAAUGCGCGUACGGUCACCAUUGGUGAAUAUGCACUUAUUUCCAAGUUUAUUAAUGAAGAGGUAUUUACAAAACUUGGUAAAAUUGUGAAAGAAAGUUUUGAUGUCAGUAAAGAGAAAACCCUGAAUUAUUUCGAAGGCAUGCCUCGGGGUGUCAAAUCGGGAGAGAGACAGACAUGGAUUUCUUUCUUUCGUGAUUUGAGUGGGAUGUACAUCCACCCUGUAGGUUUGGAAGUUUUAAUCAACCACGAAAGCACCAACGCGUCUCUUUGGAGUGUGAAGAGAUUACUUUAUAACGGACAGUACUUCGACAGUGUGGAGGAUCUUCUAAAACAAUAUGAUGAUGGAAAAGUGACUAAAAUUGUGUAUAAACCUGUCCAGAACUAUGCAUCACUCAAACUUAAAAGUAAACCCACCGGUGUAAGCCCUCAGCAGUUUUACGCGCAAGGUAAACGCUUCAGUGUCAAGAAUAAUCAUGUUAUGUAUCUCGAAUGGAGUUUUGCGUUUGGUCUGAGUUCCCUCACCGGUAUGAGAGUUUUUGACGUUCGUUUCAAGGGGGAGAGGAUAGCUUAUGAGGUUAGUGUUCAAGAGGCAAUGUCAGUUUAUGGUUCCAUCACACCCGGCAUGAUUCUGACUAAGUUUUUGGACUCUAGUGUCGGAAUAGGUCGCUUUGCGCACGAGCUCGUUCGAGGCGUGGAUUGUCCGUACGCGGCAACCUACAUCGACACUUUCCGAUACAUUGACGUCAGUGCAUCUCAGAGAUUCAGGAAUUCAAUUUGCCUUUUUGAGCACAAUACAGGCCGUCCUCUCAGAAGACACUUCUCUGACUUUUUCAGCAAUAGUUAUGGAGGCAUGGUUAACAGUGCCUUAGUUUUAAGGACCAUUACGGCCAUAGGUAACUAUGACUACUUGUGGGACUUCAUUUUUUAUCAGAGCGGCUCUGUUGAGGCCAAAGUGCAUGCCACUGGAUACAUAUCGUCAUCUUUCAAUGUUGACGGCAAUCUGAAAUACGGACACCAGGUGGCAGAAAAUACUAUUGGGAACAUCCACACUCAUUUCAUCAACUUCAAAGUUGACCUGGACGUGUUGGGGGUUGAGAAUGUAUUCCAGACCAAGGACAUGAAGUUUAUGAAUGUGUCUUUACCCUGGAUGCCGGAGCGCUAUGCCAUGGUUCCUCAGCUUGUGGAGGCCCAGCUAAAGACUGAGAAGGAGGCUGCUCUCCGCUACGACACCAAGACGCCACGCUACCUUCACAUCGCCAGCAACCGCACCAACCGCUGGGGCCACCAGCGCUCCUACCGCCUCCAGGUGGUCAGCUUCACCGGUGACAGCCUUCCAGAGAUGGAGCCAGAGGAGAAGUCCAUGUCUUGGGCUAGGUAUAAAGUGGCCAUCACUAAGCACAAAGACUCAGAGCAGACCAGCAGUAGCCUGUACAGUCAGAACAACAUGUGGACACCAGCAGUGGACUUCAGCAAGUACAUUGAGGAUGACGAGAACAUUGAGAACCAGGACCUGGUUGCCUGGGUAACCACCGGCUUCCUCCACAUUCCCCAUGCUGAGGACAUCCCCAACACAGUUACCGUUGGAAAUGGAGGCGGAGUGAUCCUGAGACCACAUAACUACUUUGAUGAGGACCCGUCUAUUCACUCUCCAGACGGGGUGUACAUCAGUCCAGGGUCAGAGGGAAACUGUGAAAAUAACAAGAUGGCCUGCUUGGCUGAAGACGCAUGCAGCCCAGUCGUUGAACCCUUCACCUACAAUGGGUUUGAAGGCACCAUAAAGUUUGAAGAGUGAAAAAAAAAGUCCCCAGUCCCAAUCCUGAGUGUGCUCUGCACUAAACACUAAAACACUUAUAUAAAUGUGAAUCUUGCCCAAGACAACAUUUGUAAUAAUUAAGAAACAGCAUUGGAUUUCUAACUUGGCAUGGACUCUACAAGUUGUCAAAAGUGUUCCACAGGGAUGCUGGCCCAAAUUGACUCCAAUGCUUCCCACAGUUGUUUCAAGUUGGCUGGGUGUCCUUUGGGUGGUGGACCAUUCUUGAUACACACGGGAAACUGUUUAAGAGUGGAAAACCCCAGCGGCGUUGCCGUGUGCCUGGCACCUGCUAUCAUACCCUGUCCAACAGCACUUACAUCUUUUGUCUUGCCCAUUAACCCUCUAAAUGGUACACCCACUGUAUAUAUUCAACUCAAUACAGUAUAGGUUUAUAUCAGCUCAUUUGAAUACUUUAUCACUGCACUGAGGCUUUUCAAUUCACUUUGGUCUGACCACUCUCUGUAUGAGGAGGAAGCUGGGACUCUCCGUUGAUUGUUUUGUUUAUGUUUUUACCUUACACACAAGAAUGAAUCUGUCUAGUUGUCUCUCCCAAUAAAAAUAAUUGUUUAAAAUGG